AUGACAGAAAACUUGAUUACUGGAUCUAACACAGAAUCAGAAAAUAAUAGUGCGAAUGAAGAAACAAGCAAGGCAAAAGAGUUAAAAGUAGUAAUAAAAGAAGAAGUGGUGGUGGAGGAGAAAAACACCACAUCGAAUACAGUUACUGUUGAUUCUGUAAAUUCACAUAAUAAUAAUGGUAACACUCACAAUACGAAUAGUAGCACAGCCCUCAAUGAUGACACCUAUGCCGUAGAUAUUACACAAACAGUUGGUGGCUCAAAUGUACGGAGAUACUUAAAUGAAACCAUCACUCCUACUUUAUUAAAAGGCGUUAGAUUAGUAGCUCAACAGCAGCCAAGCGACCCCUUAAGAUUUCUAGGCGAAUAUUUAAUAAACGAGUCUGAAAUCAUUGGGAAGAAGUGA